GUAUGAUUGGUGUCUUAAUGGAGCUAGAAUAAAAGGAUUCUGCUUCCUAUCCUAGCUCUACCCUAUUACUUGUACCUGCGCGAACUUGGGGAAAUCACUUAAAUUCUCAGGACUCAGUUUCCCCAUCUGUAAAAUAAGGAAGUAUGAUUGGUGUCUUAAUGGAGCUAGAAUAAAAGGAUUCUGCUUCCUAUUCUUCUAGUUCUACCCUAUCCUUUGUACCUACAUGAUCUUGGAGAAAUCACGUAAAUUCUCAGGACUCAGUUUCCCCAUCUGUAAAAUAAGGGAGUAUGAUGGGUGUCUUAAUGGAGCUAGAAUAAAAGGAUUCUGCUUCCUAUUCUUCUAGUUCUACCCUAUCCUUUGUACCUACAUGAUCUUGGAGAAAUCACGUAAAUUCUCAGGACUCAGUUUCCCCAUCUGUAAAAUAAGGGAGUAUGAUGGGUGUCUUAAUGGAGCUAGAAUAAAAGGAUUCUGCUUCCUAUUCUUCUAGUUCUACCCUAUCCUUUGUACCUACAUGAUCUUGGAGAAAUCACGUAAAUUCUCAGGACUCAGUUUCCCCAUCUGUAAAAUAAGGAAGUAUGAUUGGUGUCUUAAUGGAGCUAGAAUAAAAGGAUUCUGCUUCCUAUCCUAGCUCUACCCUAUUACUUGUACCUGCACGAACUUGGGGAAAAUAUUUAAGUUCUCGGGACUCAGUUUCCCUAUCUGUAAAAUAAGGGGGUAUGAUUGGUAUCUUAAUGGAUCGAGAAUAAGAGGAUUCUACUUCCUAUUCUAGCUCUAUCCCACUACCUGUAUCUGCAUGACUUUGGGGGAAAUCACUCAAAUUCUCAAGACUCAAUUUUCCCAUCUGUAAAAUGGGUGGCUUCUAGGAUCCCUUCCAAGCCCAAAUUUAUGAUCCUGUGAACCUCAAAAGCCUGCCUUACACAGAUGACUAUCGAUUUAGAACUGGAAAGGGCUUUGGACGUCAGCGUCCAAUCUCUUUACAAAUGAGGAAACUGAGGACCAAGAGUUUAAAUUAAUUUUGCACUAGAAGGAAUCAAUUCAGUAGGAUCUGGAGAAGGGUCCUCCAAUCUCAAACUAACGCAUUCUUCGAUAAAUCUGGCUGUGACCGAUGGUGCAUUUAUUGGUGACAAAGUCAAGGUUUCUAUUUUGAAGUUCUCACGUCAAGGAUAGUUAAUGAGCUCCAAAGCUGCCUUCCCCCAGUUACGAAUAGCAUGGACUAUAACUCCCGACAUGCAACACUGCUCCGUCGAUCGAGACGCUACGCUUAUCUCCCGCCUAGACGUGCCAGAACUCCAAAUCCCAGAAUUCCUUGCCCGUUUUCGCGGCGUCUCGCUCCCACAGUUAGCCGCGCUCCGGCCCGCGCUGGCUCCUGGGAGGUGUAGUUCUUCAGUAUUCUGCGCAAGACGGGCAGUCGGAUGGGGUUGAGGCUCUGGGUAGGGUCGGGGCAAAUAAACCGGGGAAGUUGGGCAUCUGCAGUAAUGAAGUAGCGAAAUUGGGCACCUUGCGGUAAUGGAGCAGCGAAGCUGAGCAUCAGGUUUUUCAUCAUUUUCACAUCAUCACAUCACAUUCACGCAUCACAUUAAGAUGUCCCCAGGCCUCACUGAAGAACAGAAGAAAAAGAUAGAAGAAAAUAGGCUGAAAGCUCUUGCUCGAAGAGCUGAGAAAUUAGCCCAGCAAAGUAAAAACACAGCCUCAGGCCCCUCCGUCCCUGGGACAGCCCACCAGUCCAGUCACAGACAUUCAGGUGGCCCAAAGACCCUACCAGGAGAGACUUCUCAUUCAGGCCGCCUUGCUAUUACUUCCAGGCCACAGAAUCCCUGUGUCUCAAGCACUGAAGUUGAGGCACAUCAGGUUUCCAGAAGUUUUCACCCCAAUGCGCUGGAGCCAAGGAUAGUAACGCGAGGGAGGCUAGAGAAGUUCAGUUCAGCUGGUCCGGUUCACAUAUCGAGUCCAAAGACUGUCCAUAAGAUCUCUCAUCCUCUAGCACAGAACUCUCUAAAGAACAAGCAGAAUGCUGGUAAACUAGCUCAGGGUCCUUUGUGCAUCUUUCACAAGUCCAAGCCUACAUCUCCUACUUCUGGUCAUGGACCUUUGGGUGAACCAGGGCCCUCACAGGACUUUCAGGCUGCUGCUGCUUUCGGUCAGGUGAAUGACCCUAGGGGACAGUUGCUCAGCAUCACUGGGAGCCCCUCCACCUCUCAUCCUGAAUGUCAGGAAAUAAUUGCACACUCCAGUUCUUUCUCUAACAACCCUUCAGACUUAAAGAGUUAUCCCGAGAAGAAGAAUGGAAAACUUCAGCAAGCUCUCCAGGCUUCUCCUCGGAAAGCAUUCAACUCUCAGAAAGGAAAAUGCACAAAGAAGGGAGAAGACCGUUUCCAAGUGGAGAUUGGAUAUAAUUCAGAGCUCCUUGCCGUGUUUAAGAGUCUGCCCAGCAGAAAGUAUGAUCCUGCUACUAAAAUGUGGGAUUUCAGCCUAAAAGACUACAAGCCUCUGAUGAAAGCCGUCCAGGACCUUCAUACAAUCACCUUGCAGCCCCUGGAAGGAUCUGAGACCACUGCUUCUGCAGGGUCCGGGUUCACCGGUGAAGUGCCUUCCCAGCAGCCCCGACCACCCGGCAAGGUCCCUGCCAGUAUGAAAGGCCGAUGUGUGCUCAUCUCCCGAACUCGCUUCGAGGCAGACAUUGGCUUUGAUGAAGAUCUGAUUGCGGUAUUUAAGCGGAUGGAUUCCAGGAAUUACGAUAUGAAGACCAGGAACUGGAAUUUUCAUUUGAAAGAUCACACAAGACUAAUGCAAGAGGUUCGCCAGCUUCCAGGCAUCCAGCUGGAACCUUUGCCCAAAGUGGUGCUCCAGGCUUUUGCUGCCCACCUUGAGAAAAAGUCUCUUCACCCAGAGGAAGUACCUGAGGCCGACCUCUCCACUGUGGAUUCAAAACUUGUGUCUAGUCUGAUGCUCUUUCAGAGAACUGGAGUCAAUUUUGCCAUAUCCCAUGGAGGCCGUUUGCUUCUUGCAGAUGACAUGGGCUUGGGGAAGACGAUUCAGGCCAUCUGUAUUGCUGCGUAUUAUCGGAAAGAAUGGCCUCUAUUAGUUGUUACUCCUUCAUCAGUGCGGUUCACCUGGGAACAGGCAUUCCACCACUGGCUGCCUUCCCUCAGCCCAGAUAGCACCAACGUGGUCGAGACUGGGAAAGACAGUUUGACAGCUGGCUUGAUUAAUAUCAUUAGUUUUGACCUUCUCAGCAGGUUGAAAAAACAACUAAAAACUUCUUUUCAAGUAAUUAUUAUUGACGAGUCCCAUUUCCUGAAGAACGUGAAGACGGCCCGCUGCCGAGCCGCCAUGCCUCUGCUCAAAGCUGCCAAGAGAGUGAUCUUAUUGUCCGGGACCCCAGCCAUGUCACGGCCCGCGGAACUCUACACCCAGAUUGUUGCUGUCAAGCCACACUUCUUUCCUCAGUUCCAUGACUUUGCGUUACGCUACUGUGAUGCCAAAAAGUUGCCCUGGGGAUGGGAUUACUCUGGCUCUUCCAAUCUUGGAGAACUCAGGAUUCUCCUCGAGGAGACCGUCAUGCUUCGAAGGCUCAAGUCCAGCGUCCUUUCCCAGCUCCCAGCUAAGCAACGCAAGAUGGUGGUGGUCGCCCCGGGGCAGAUGGACUCCAAGAGCAGGGCUGUCUUGGCUGCAGCAGCAAAGGAAAUGACCACGGAAAAAAAGAGCAAGCGGCAGCAGAAGGAAGCCCUGAUCCUUUUCUUCAACAGAACAGCAGAAGCGAAAGUUCAGCCUGCCACUGAAUACAUCGUGGACUUAUUGGAAAGUGGGAGAGAGAAGCUUCUGGUAUUUGCACACCACAAGCUAGUCCUGGAUGCAAUUUGCUGUAACCUAGAGAAAAAGCACAUUAACUACAUCCGCAUUGAUGGGGCCACAUCCUCAGCCGACCGCCAGGCCCUGUGUCAGCUGUUCCAGCUGUCCGAGAAGUACCCCGUGGCUGUCCUCUCGAUCACAGCAGCCAACAUGGGGCUAACCUUUUCUGCUGCCGAUUUGGUGGUGUUUGCAGAGCUCUUCUGGAACCCAGGGAUAUUGAUCCAAGCUGAAGACCGUGUGCAUCGUAUUGGGCAGUCCAAUUCAGUGAGCAUUCACUACCUGGUAGCAAAAGGCACAGCAGAUGAUUACCUAUGGCCUCUGAUUCAAGAGAAGAUUAAAGUCUUAGGUCAAGCUGGGCUUUCAGACACCAAUUUUUCAGAUAUGACCGAAGCCACUGAUUAUUUCCACAAGGAUCCAAAGCAGAAGAAAAUUUAUGACCUCUUGAGAACAUCCUUGGAGGAAGAUGACUAUGGAGAAGAUAUGGAUGAAGCACUGUUGGAGGCAGCGGAAAUCUGUGAGAAAGGAACCUCCUCGGAGAUGGCAAGUGAUUCCCAAGAUGAAGUCAGCUCCUGGGAAGCGAGCUCACCUAAGAAGAGGCGGAUUACAAACUUUUUCGAUCAAAAAUGACAGGAAGGAAGGACUUGUCAUUUGACUUUCAGGGGGAAACAGACCUUAAAAGAAAAUCACUGAUUUUUAAAAAAAAAAAAUAAAAAUACACCCAAUAAAACAAA